AUGGCCACCCCCAAUGUUCUUACUUUUGACGCUGAGGGGAGGGCCAUUGACUUUGCCGUCUGGAUUGAAGACCUGCAGCUGUACUUACUGUGUGAUGCGAUAGAUGAGGUCUCUCUCUUUGACUUUGUCUCUGGAGCUGUCCCUGCCCCGCCUGCUGAUGCUGACUCUGCCGUUCGCUCCAAGUGGGCGACCCGCGAUGCUGCUGCACGUCUUGCUGUGCGUCGCCACCUCCCUUCCUCUGAGCGUGCCCACUUUAGUCAGUGCAAGACCGCUCAGGCCUUGUACGACGCUGUAGUUGCACGCUACUCCUCCCCUUCCUCCGCUGCCCUUAGCCGCCUCAUGCUACCGUUUCUCUUCCCUGACCUCGCUUCCUUUCCCACUGUCGCUGACCUCGUUACCCACCUCCGCGCUAGUGACGCUCGCUACCGCGCUGCCCUUCCUGCUGAGUUCCGCGCCGCAAACCCUCCUCCCAUGUAUAUCACUCUCUACUUUCUCGUCACCCGUCUUCCUGAGUCCCUUCGUGUCGUUAGGGACCAGUUUCUCUCUGUCUGUCCCACCACCCUCACUGGGUGUUCUCCUUCCCCCCUGCUGCCCUCUGUCGCCUCUGCUGCUACGGCCGACCUCGCUGGUUUUGAGUCGGUCGGUGCGGCGUCUGCCCCCAGCGGCAGACGCCGCUCUGGCAAGGGCAAGGGGGGCAAGGGAGCGGGUGGAUCUAGAGGAGGCAGUGGCGGAGGAGGUGGGGGUGGCGGGGGGAGUGGGGGUGGCGGUGGAGGUGGUGGCGGGAGUGGAGGUACUAGUGGCGGCGGUGGAGGCGGAGGUGGCGGCGGAGGUGGUAGCGGAGGAGGCGGUGGGAGCGGUGGGAGCGACGGUCCUGGUGGGGGAGGUGGCGGUGGAGACGGGGGUGGCGGUGGAGGCGGGGGUGGUGGUGGAGGCGGGGGUCGGAGUGGCUCGUCCCAGAGGAGCAGCUCUGGGGGUGGUCAGCGCCAGCAGCAGCAGCAGCAGCAGCAGCAGCAGCAGCCGCAGCAGCAGCAGCGCUCUCGCACCGUCCCCGGCCCUCAGCAGCUCCGUGAGUGGUAG